GGAAGGUCUUUAAUGGUGUGCUGAGAUGAUUAGAACUGAUUCUAAUAGGCUAUGGAGAGCUAUUAAUGAUUCUGAGGUGGGGCAGGUGAUAGUAAUAAAAUCAGAGCUAAGAUGUAGGAAAAAUAUUUCACAGCAGUGUUUAUGAUGGAUUGGGGGAAGGAGAGACUAUUGCACAAUUUAUUGUGGUUGAAAAUAACUUGCUUUUGUAUUUCUUUGAAUAUCAAGAAAGAAAAAAACAGUUUAUUGGAGGACAUCAAAAGACUGAAGCAAGAUAAACAAGCUCUUGAAGUAGACUUGGAAAAAAUGAAGAAAGAGAGGGACCAAGCCAAAGAUCAGAUUACUUAUGCCACAGGUGAAAAAUUAUAUGAAAUAAAAAUUUUAGAAGAAACACAUAAGCAAGAAAUCAGUCGUCUGCAAAAAAGAUUACAGUGGUAUGCUGAAAAUCAGGAACUUCUGGAUAAAGAUGCAGUUAGGCUUAAAGAAGCAAGUGAAGAAAUUGAGAAGCUCAGACUUGAG